AUGUACGAUUACGUAGUCUUUACUUGUGUGCGAACAACGGACACCGAUUAUGAUGAGAUGAUGCAUGCAUCCCAAUACACCAAGAAUCCAAGGGAAUAUUAUCAAAUAUCAUCAGUUGAGAGGGCUGGGCAGCGUAAUUGUAAUUAUACACAAAAGAGAUACUAUGCUAAUAACAUUUAUUGGCAUUUAGAGAUGACCAUAAAUUUCGAAUGA